AUGAAUGGCAAUUAUUUUUCUAUUGAGGAUUCUAAUCGUUUAAUAGUCUUAAAUCAAAGAUGCUAAAAUCUGAAAUGGUAACAAAUUAGAAAACUAACAGAAGAAAUUAUGAUUUGCAAAGAAGAAAUAUUUAGAUAAUCAAAUAUACUUUACAACUUUCUUAAUAAAUUAUAUAAUAUAAUACCAAAAGAAGACGUAAAAUUCAAAAAAAAAUCAAUUAAAUAUUAAUGGAUUAAGGUAUUUUUAGAUCAAUCUAAGAUGACUUAUACAAUUCAUCAAGAUUAUUAAACCUAUUUAAUUUAUAAUAAAAUUUCGAUUUCUAAUAUAGAGUAAGAAUUAAUCAAAUAAUCUGAUAUUAGAAGUGAUUUUGAAGCAGAAAUUACCUCAUUCAUUUAUGAGAAAAAUUAAAAAUUUUUAGAAGCUUUUUUAUAAAAUGAUGCGUAUUCUCAAAAUAAAAUGUAAUUGGAAGUAAAUAAUUCUUCAUUAAUUGGAUUAAUAGGAUACUUAAAUGAUGUAGAUGAUAUACUAACAGAGGAAGAUUUCAUUAGCAUUUUAAAGUUUAUGAAAAUCUUAAUGAUAAAAUUAUUCUAAAAAGAAUAUUAAGGAGUAGCUAAUAUAAUUAAAAAACACUUUAAAGAAUUUAUAAAAAAUUAUGAAUUGGAGCCUUGUAAUUAUCCUUAGAAUGUAAAUUAUAAUGAUUUUGGUGAAGGCUUCGAAGCAGCAAAAAUAAUUUAACAAUAAAAUAAAAUUCAAGAAAUAAAAGAAACUGAAGAUUUAAAUUAACUUAAAAAUGGAAUAUAUUAUAUUGUAAAGAAGAAAACAAUAUUUAUUUUUGAAGUUACUAGGAAUGAAAAAAAUGCUUAUAUUAUUAAUGAGUUUGAACAUUAUAAAUAAAAUACAUUUGUUAUUUUAGAUAAACUUUAUAAAUUUAACAUUUAUAAAAUAAGAACAAUAAAAUUAAAAAUUGAGGAGGCUUAUAUACUUAUUAAGAAUUUAAAAAAGAGAAAGCAGUUUGAAAAAUAAUAAAAUUAAACUAUCGAAAUUUAUAAAAAAAUAGAUUUUGAAAGAAUUAACAUGGAAUUAUAAAAUCAAAUCAAUAAAUUUUAUUCAAUUUAAGAUAAUAUCAAAUAUUUUAUAAAAAAAAUUAAUCCUUAAUCAAAUAAUAAUUUAGAAAUCUACUCAAUAGCUUUUGUUACAGAAUUAUAAAAAAAAAAAAUAUUUGAUUUUGAGCUGAUUCCAAUUAAACAAUUUGAUUUAAAAAAAAUAAAUUUAAAAUUUGAGCAAUCAAAUUUAGGUGAAAUUCUUGUAGAUGAAAAAAAUUUAACAAUAGGUGUAGUUGUUUAUCUAAAUAAAUGGAAAUUUAUGAUAUAUCUGAAUAGUGAUUAUAUAACUUAACUUGAAAAAAAAAAAGAUCAAUAAGUCUAAAAUCGAAACUAAGACUAUUAUUAUUCAUUAAGCCCAAAAGAAAUAAAAACUGAUAAUCCGUGUUUAAAUUAAGUUAAUAAUUCUGAAUAACUAUUAAAAAUAUAAACUAAUGUUAAAGAAAUUGAUCCAUAAGUUGCAUAAUUUUAUAUUUCAUUGCUACUUUACAAAUAAGAAAAUAAAGUUUCAAAGCAGAUAAAAGAUUUUUUGGAAUUAAAAAACCAAGUUUGGAAUAGUAUAUUGAAAUUUUUAGAUUGA